CCCGCCCGGGCGCCAGGCUCGCGGGAGCCCGGCUUCCACUUCGCGCCGUCGCCCGCCUCCCCGGCUCGCCGGCUGGCGUCGCCACCGCCUCCUCGUCCCCGGCCGCCGCUGCUGCAAUCCAGGACGCACACUCUUGCACUUUGCGGGGCGGCGCGCAGGGUGCCCCCUGCACCAGCCCCGGAGAGCUGGCCCCCGGGCCCGGCCGGAGCAGCCUUGGUGGCGAGAAAGGAAAUCCGGACUGGGCUUCGCUGGAUGCCACUGCAGCCUGGCAGCUGGGAAGGCGCCCACCGAGCGGGCGCGCCGAGCGGGACGCGCGAGUCGCCGAGGGAGACCCUGGUGCCUGCCGGGCUCCGUUGGCAGAGUUUGCAAGUGGCCGAGACCCCUCAGGUGAGGGCCGAGGUGCCCGGGCGGGGUGGAAGGGCUCCAACGGGGAGCGGGGCGGCUGAGCUGCCGACAAACGAUUCCUGCCCCCAAUCGGGGCUUCCAGGUCCAGCCGCUUCCCCGCAGGCUGGGGGCUCAGCGCCCGGAGCCAGGUGAGGAAGGGACCCGGAGUGGUGACAGCCCAGCGCCGGGUAAAUGACAAACUUUCUCUCCUCUGGCAGAGGGUGGGACAUUCCGGCUCAUCCAGUCGUCCUUCCUGCGGGCAUCCCGCUGGGUCCCCAAAGGCAGGCGCUCAGAGGCUUCUGAGGCUGAGCUGGGCCAGGGGGAGGAAGGUGGGCCCCUUUCAUUUAAUUCACGCGUUCCCCCUUACUGGGCCGGUUCAGAGUCGGGGGGAGAAGGAGCCCGUCAUAUUUUCAAGUUGGGCUGUAGGAGGUGUUUGUUGGCCUGAUACUCCUAUGCAUGCGGUUUCCUGACAUCUGGAGAUGCUUCCAGGGCUGCCCAGGGGAUGGGCUUUGUGCGGAGUGCUUUGCAGCCUGGCUUAUGUCCAUUCCCGUGGGGGUGUGUGUGUGUGUGUGUGUGUGUCAGGAGGGGGAGAGAGAACUGGAGGGGGGGGCACUCAGACCGCCUCUAUCCAAGCUCUUUCUGCAGCCCCAAGUGGCAUCGCAGGAGCCUGCUCCCCUCCUUGGCAGAGACGGGGAUCACUUCCCAUUACCUGCGGCUCCUGAGAUGAGCGAAGCGUUGGGGGGAAGUUACCUGGGCCGCUUAAUGAGACCAUUCAGAGCCUGGGGAGGGACCAGCUUCGUGCGGAAAAGGGGCUGGAAUGGACAGCUGGGUAGAGCUCUUGGUGUCGUCAUCUACAGCUCGCUCGCUCUCUCUGGGUAGUUCCCACACACUCCAGGUCCCUAGAGGCUCUGCAGAGCCCAGCACACAGUGCCUGAGUUGGGCCAGAUUCUCUACCCUCCUAAUGAAAAGCAUGCUCCAGAGAGACCACCUGGUCUCUGAGGAUCGUUUCGGAGCCACUGCUGUGGUCCCAGCCUCCUAGAUGGCAUCGUGCCUUCUCAUGGGGGAUACAGCCUAGGGUUGGGGGCAUCUCGAUGGACUGGUUGGUCAGUAAGGCAGGCAGUGGAAAUGCCUCUGACCGUGACUUGGAAGUUGGAAAUAGUCGGCGGGUCCUGCUGGGGCUGGGCACCUGCCUGUGUGCUUCUGGGACGGUUCUUGAGGUAUGAGGUAGGAGGUCUCAGGACAGUCUGCCCUUGCUUAGGAUUCUGACCUGGGGCCGUGCUAGGACCUGCUUCCCUAGACUGCUGAGACCUGAGGUCAGAGGCUGGCGCUUGAUGUCCUGGGGAAACCUCAUCUCUGGGCCAGAAGACUGAGCUUCAAGAUUGCUCUCCCUGUGCUGUGUGACUUUGGGCAGAUCCCUAAACCUCUCUGGGCUCCAGUUGCUCCUUCUGCAAAAUGAAGAGAUCUCCUGUGUCUUCAGAGGUCCCAGUUCAGAUACUCUUCAGCCCUGAGCGAUCGUCACAGAUGAGAUUUUCAAAAUCCUGUAAUAUAGCGUUUAAGAGGCGUGGGACUCCCAUGCAUCUGAGUUGGACCAGUCAUUUCACCCUCCAAACCUCAGUGGGCCUCUGUAAGAUGGGGAGUUCACAGCUCCUGUUAGGAAGAGUGUUGGGGGUGGGGACUGAGGUGGUGCUUGGAAAGUGCUUACUGUAGAGCCUGGAGAAGACUGGGGCUCCCCAGACACAGGCAUGCAGGAGCAGGGCUGUCUGUUUUCGGAGCUUGCAUGUGAGCAUGCGGGAGCUGUUUUCCCCAGGGGGGCUCUCCCGGGCCCACCUGAGCACCAGGUGAUCCUGGCUGGGGGGCAGGGCCCUUGUUCUCGCCAAUCUGCUGACACCUGCAGUCCCCACCCCCCCCUUGCUGGUUCCUCAAUAAAAGCUCUGCUGGGCCAGCAGCUCCCAGAGAGGAGCUCAGGGUGGUCAGGGAGGCUGGAUGCACCCAGCUGCUGCGUCGCCAUGACAACAGAAGGUGGAGGUGGCAGCCCCGAGCUGUAAUGCUUGAGCCGAUGGAAGCCCACCAGCUUCUGGUUCCAUGAGGUGGACACCCUGAGCUUAGCCCCCAGCUGGGGAAGGGGCCAGAAAACCACCCCGAGUGAAAUCAUCCAGCCCUGACAGGCCCGCGGAGCCGAGAAGAGGCGAGAACUAAGCCGCAGUGCUGGUAGCCGGCGGAAUUCUCCUGCGAUUGCUGUGGUCAAAGUUCUUGGGGAACUUUCUGACGCAGAGGACAAAAUGUAGGAAAAUGGGACCAACUCCUGGGCAUUGGGCCCCUUUUGUGGCCCAGAGAAGCUCGCCUUGACUUCAGGAGGGCCCCAUUCUCUUGGUCUCAGCCAAGUGCCAGAAUUGGCCUCCUGUUCUGGUUUCAGCCAUCACCUUCACGGGGGGGGAAGAAGGCUGCAGACCCCCAGGGGUUCCAUCCCUAAGGGAAGCUUGGGAAACGCCGCUCCCUCCCUCCGCUUCCUGAACCCCCCUCUAGCCGAGCCCCAGAGAGCCAGUCCGGAAUGAUCCUGCUAUGGCCAAGCUCUGGUUCAAAUUCCAGCGGUACUUCCGCAGGAAGCCCGUGCGUUUCUUUACCUUCCUGGUGCUCUACCUGACGGCCGGGAGCCUCGUCUUCCUGCACUCUGGCUUCGUGGGCCAGCCCGCCGUCUCCCAGAGCCAGGCCAGCCCCGCCGCGGGGGUCCCGGCUGAGGGCGCCGAGCUACCCUUCUUGGGGGACCUGCACCUGGGCAGGGGCUUCCGGGACGCAGGCGAGGCCUCAAGCAUCGCCCGCCGGUACGGACCGUGGUUCAAGGGCAAGGACGGGAGCGAUAGGGCCAAGCUGGGCGACUACGGUGGAGCCUGGAGCCGAGCCCUCAAGGGGAGGAUCGUCCGGGAGAAGGAAGAGGAGCGAGCCAAAUACAUCGGCUGCUACCUGGAUGACACCCAGAGCCGGGCCCUGCGAGGUGUGUCUUUUUUCGACUACAAAAAGAUGACCAUCUUCCGCUGCCAGGACAACUGUGCCGAACGGGGUUACCUGUAUGCCGGCCUGGAGUUUGGAGCCGAGUGCUACUGCGGCCACAAGAUCCAGGCGACAAACGUGAGCGAGGCCGAGUGUGACAUGGGGUGCAAGGGCGAGCGCGGCAGCGUGUGCGGUGGUGCCAACCGCCUCUCCGUCUACCGGCUGCAGCUGGCCCAGGAGUCUGCACGCAGGUAUGGAAGCGCGGUCUUCCGAGGCUGCUUCCGCAGGCCCGACAACCUCUCCCUGGCCUUGCCCGUGACGGCCGCCAUGCCGAACAUGUCCGUGGACAAGUGCGUGGACCUCUGCACUGAGAAGGAGUACCCACUGGCGGCCCUUGCGGGCACCGCCUGCCACUGCGGGUUCCCCACCACGCGAUUUCCCCUCCACGAGAGGGAGGACGAGCAGCUCUGUGCCCAGAAGUGCAGCGCGGAGGAAUUUGAGAGCUGCGGGACUCCCCGUUACUUCAUCGUGUACCAGACACAGGUCCAAGACAACCGCUGCAUGGACAGAAGGUUCCUCCCAGCCAAGUCCAAGCAGCUCGUCGCCCUGGCCAGCUUCCCCGGCGCCGGCAACACGUGGGCCCGCCACCUCAUCGAGCUGGCCACGGGCGUUUACACGGGGAGCUACUAUUUUGACGGCUCUCUCUACAACAAAGGGUUCAAAGGCGAGCGGGACCACUGGCGCAGCGGCAGGACCAUCUGCAUCAAGACGCACGAGAGCGGCCAGAAGGAGAUCGAGGCCUUCGAUGCCGCCAUCCUGCUUGUCCGUAACCCCUACAAGGCGCUCAUGGCGGAGUUCAACCGCAAGUACGGCGGCCACAUCGGCUUUGCUGCGCAUGCCCACUGGAAAGGCAAAGAGUGGCCGGAGUUCGUGAGGAACUACGCCCCGUGGUGGGCCACACACACACUGGACUGGCUCAAGUUCGGCAAGAAGGUGCUGGUGGUGCACUUUGAGGACCUGAAGCAGGACCUGUUCGUGCAGCUGGGCCGCAUGGUCAGCCUGCUGGGCGUGGCCGUCAGGGAGGACAGGCUGCUGUGCGUGGAGAGCCAGAAAGACGGCAACUUCAAGCGCUCGGGGCUCCGCAAGCUCGAGUACGACCCCUACACCGCAGACAUGCAGAAGGUCAUCUCCGCCUACAUCAAGAUGGUAGACGCGGCCCUCAAGGGGCGGAACCUCACCGGGGUCCCCAAUGACUACUACCCCAGAUGAUGCGUCGGGGGGGGAGGGGGCCAGGAGUCCCGACCCAGCCGGGGUCUCGAGACACCGCCCCCGCCCCGGACUCCCCACCUGCCUGUCCUCUCUCUGGUUUGGGGACAAUCCCCGCGGCUGCUGUUGGCCCUCAGUGAGUUUCCUGCAUGACGAAGGAAGCUCAAGGGACGAGACCGUCUGGGCACUCCCCACCCCAUGCCCAACCCCCCUUGGAGAGGGAGGGGGCCACCGGUCUGGAGUGCUCUGGCCCCAUGGCCCCUUUCCUGUCUCCUGUGCCCCUGCCCCCACCACUCGGGGUCCCACCUGGGGGAGAGAGGGCUCAUGGUGUCCCCGCGACACGGGUGCCCCACUGCAGAAGUCAAGGAUCUUGAUUCGAGAGCGAAAGGGGCUGUUGGAGGAGAAGGUGGCCCCGGCUGCUCUUCCCUUCUGGGCUGAGCGUUCAUGGUCUCCCCUGCUCUCCUCCACCCCCGGGGAAGCAGUGGCACCAACACGGACCCAGGCUGCUUCUGCUGGAGGUGGGGUUUCUGACAUUCUGGGUGGGCUGCGGAGGCAGGGGGUGCUCCCAGCAGGUUAACCGGCACCAGCACGUGGGGCGGCUGCCAGGAGGAGCCCACCCCCAGGUCGCUCGGCUCCUCAGACACAAUCGGGUUGCCUGACCACCUCGAGGGCCAGAAUGCUGCCCUUUUCUUCCCUGGCUGUAGCCAGGAGGGGACCUUGGCAUCUCUGAUCCCACUUCCAGGGUCCCUCAGGCGCCAGCAGUCAACCCCAGAAUGGCCACACGCCGAACCUUGAGUAAGACUGACAGCCCCAGGGGCCUCUCUCCAUGGUAGGGCCCAACACAUUGACCCUGCACUGCCCUUGGACCCCUACCAGCGGGUCCCUUGCUAUCCAGGUGAGAGCACCCUGAGUGCCCCAAAUCAGGUGGGAACUUGACCCACAGAGACCCCCACUACCUUCCCAGAGCACUGACCUCCCCUUGGUCACAGUCCCGUGGGGCCAGCUUCCCUGGAAAUGGUUCCUUUAAGGAAGAGGAUGGGUCUUCCGUUUCCAUAGAAACACUGCUCCCUUGGUGGUAAGACAGCAAACCAAAGGAUUCUCAAGGACAUGGGUCGCUAGUCAUCGGUCUUAGAAAGCACUGAUUCAGGACCCCAUCCCCCACCCCGGAUACCAGUGGCUUCACAUCCGGCCCACGCCUGCACCUUCCCCUUCCACAUAGAUGCAAAAGCCAUAGGUCACCGAUCUUUGCUAUUCUGUCUGGAGCAGCCCCCCCAGUCAGCCCCUCCGAAGGCUUGGGGUGCAGGUCAAUGCUCGUUCGCAAAUACCCAAAAGACCAUGGAGAAGGCGAGUGUAAAGAGAUAUAUUUUUUUAAGAGGAAUAUAACUAAUGCAUUCUGCCCCUUGGCAACUGGCCAUGCAGAGAGAAGGGCUUAGGGAUUGGGCCUGGGGUUCUCUUCCCUGACCCCCUCAUCUGUGGGAUUUGGGCCCCCCAGGGCCCAGCCAGGGGGCCCCGAAUGUAUUUUGUACCAUGGUUCUUUCCCCCAGGCUAAUUUCUAGUCUUUUGAGAAGCAGUAGAGGGCGUGCCCCCCUCCGUGUGGACGCCCGCGUGCUCUGGGAGACCCCGGGUCCUAGACCUGGGCCCGUUCUGCUGGUGGUCACCUCGGGCCGCAAGCCUCUGAAGAUUCCUCAGGUCAACACCGUCAUUAAAAGCGAGUUUUGUUGA